AUGCCUAGAGGCCGCGGGCGCCCACGAAAGGAGGUGACCCCGCCGCCAGAAGACGAGGGCGCGUCCUCACCUUCCUCGUCUUCUCUCUCGUCUCCUGUCAAAUCUCACACUGAGACGGACGUCCCAACCCCCGUGACGGCCAUGGAAAUCGAUCCUGAGGUCUCCUUAGACGUCGACAUGGGCCUGCAGAUGGACGACUCUCUUGACCUGGCUAACAUUGACCUGUCCGCAUUGGAGGGUCAACUCGCCGAAGGCGGACUCGACCAACUUGACCCAUCAGAGCUCGAUCCUUCACAGCUCGACCCAUUGGAACUCGACCCGUCCCAGCUUGGCGACGCGCUGACCGAACAUAUGGGCAGCGACCUCCCCGAAGUCGACCUUGCCACUCUCGGCGAUCUCGACAAUGUCGACCUCACGCAGAUGCUCGGGGACCUCGACGAGCAGGAGAAGGAGACGGCGGAGGGUGAUGCGGGCACAGUGGAGAGAGUGGCAGAGGGCGAUGCUGAAGACGCAGAAGACGAGGAGGCGGCGGAAGACGAGGUCGACGACGAGGACGAAGAUGAGGAAGACGAUGACGACGACGAAGAAGAGGAAGAAGACGAGGAGGAGGAGGAGGAGGAUGAGGAGGAAGAAGACGACGAAGAGGAAGAGGAUGAGGACGAGGACGAGGAGGAAGACGACGAUGACGCCGACGAGACCAAGGCGGCCGUCCCGGCUACCACGGCGCUUCCUUCCGGCACGACCUUCCGCUACCCUCCCGCGCCCAAGGACACUACCAAGAUCCCCGAGCGCGAGCGCAAGUUCAAGAUGGCACGCUUCCUUCCCUGCACUGCCGACGGGUGCGAUUGCUCCGGCCUCGAACCACCAUCAGGCAGCAACGUCGUACUCGACACUGGCGAGGACGUCGAGAUGGGCGACGCCGACGACGAGCCGGCGGCUGCGUGGCGCACCGAGGAAGGGUGGUGGAGACAGUGCGGCGCGUGUUCGCACGGGUGGGAGGAGUCGGGGCAUGUGUUCUCAGAGGACGUGAACCACCCCGAGAGAAGACGGAGGGAGAAGGUCGCGGGCCGCAUCGAAGAGAUGUUAGAGGAGGAGAAUUGCUUGACCACGUUCCCCACACCACAUAUCGAGGCAACCGAGUCGUUGAGAAGACAGCUCUCCGAGUUUGCCAAGCCGCAGCCUGCUGGCAAGCACCCAGCGGGCAAGAAUCCCGUCUCGCGGUUGGGUGGCUUUGACUCGAUGGAGAACGGCACCCCGUUCAGCGAGGACGGUGAGGACGGGCGACCUAGAAAGCGCAUGCGCACAUCUGCGUCCGGGUCGCGGUCGCCUGAGAAGCCUGGGCGAGAAGGGCCUGCCAACGGCGAGGCGAAUGGGAAGGGCGUGGGCAAGCAGCCGAGCCGCGCUGGUAAGAAGAAGGGCGGCAAGGGGACGACCGCUCGGACGAUCGGCUCCAUCUCUGGCCCCUCUGGCGGAGGCGGGCUUGAGGGCUCAGACGAUGACGAUGACACGCCGCUCGCAGCGCGCCGGCCAGAAUUAGACGACCGAGAACGGCGGCGCCGCGCCGAGGCCAAGGAGAAGGAACGGCAGCGUGAGGACCAGGCGAUCGCGCGCGCUGCGGGCGACGAGGGCGACGAGGAGCAAGCGCACGUCGACGUCAACAUGUGGCGCAAUUGGGAGUUACCCAUUCUGCCGUUGCGACCUGCUGCGCUGGAGCAGACGAACAACGAAAUCCGGAUGAUGGUCGCAUCCUCGCGCGCGCCAGACGAGGUACAAUGGAUCUUACUCGUCGGCGCCAAGAACCUGUUCAUGAAGCAGCUACCCAAGAUGCCGAGAGAGUACAUUGCACGCUUAGUGCUCGAUCCGAACCAUAUCACCCUCGCAAUCGUUAAGUACGGCUACCGCGUGGUAGGUGGCAUCUGCUACCGGCCGUUUGAGCGACAAGGGUUUGCCGAGAUUGUCUUCUGUGCAGUCGACAGCAGCGAGCAGGUCAAGGGCUAUGGUUCGCACGUAAUGAACGCGCUCAAGGACCACGUACGCAAGAAUCACCCGACGAUCGACACGUUCCUCACGUACGCAGACAACUAUGCUGUCGGGUACUUCAAGAAGCAGGGAUUCAAGAAGGAGAUCACGUACCCACGCAAGCAGUGGGUCGGCUACAUCAAGGACUAUGAAGGCGGAACUAUCAUGCAGUGCACGAUGCUCCCCAAGGUCGUGUAUGCGGAGGUCAACCAGAUGCUGGCGGACCAGAAGGCGGCCGUGGCAGCCAAGAUCCGCCAGAUCUCACAGAGCCAUGUCAUUCGCCCGGGCCUGAAGGUCUUCAAGGACGCCAAGCCUGGGAGCCUGACGCUCCCGAAGGAGGACAUCCCCGGACUAGCCGAGAGUGGUUGGAACCCGGAUUUGGACGAGAUCAUGAGACAGCCCAAGCGCAACCCGUACUUUGCGGUGAUGCAGCAGAUCCUCAACGACCUGCAGAACGACCCGAGUUCGUGGCCGUUCGUCAAGCCCGUCGACAGCAGCGUCGUCGUCGACUAUUACAACGUCAUCACGAACCCCAUGGACCUGAGCAAGAUGGAGCAUAAGCUCGAGAACAACCACUACAACAGCAUGGACGACUUUGUCGCUGACGCGCGCCUGAUCUUCGCCAAUUGUCGGCAGUACAACGGCGACAAAAACCAGUAUGCCAACCUCGCCAACAAGCUCGAGAAGCAGCUGGACAGGAUUGUCAAGAAGCGUAUGACGCAAUAG